AUGAAAUUUCCAAUCGAGACUCCAAGAAAACAGGUGAACUGGGAUCCUCAAGUGAUUGUGCCGGCAACGGUUCCCUCAGGUUGUGUUCCUGUGACCAAUAAGACUAAUAUACCCCAGCCAGCACCACGACUCUCUAUUUCAUCUCCUCGGGCAACUGUGAUUGCCAGUAUGGAAACCCCCUCACAGGGUUUGCAGACAGUCAUGAAGUGGAAAACAGUGGUAGCCAUUUUUUUUGUGGUAGUGGCCUAUCUGGUCACAGGAGGUCUUGUGUUUCGUGCUUUGGAACAGCCAGAAGAAAGCAGUCAAAAAAUCAGAAUUGCCAAUGAUAAAGCAGAAUUCCUCCAAGAGAACAACUGUGUAUCCCAGCAGGAGUUGGAGGCAUUGAUUAAGCGGGUUAUGAAUGCUACCAGUGCAGGAGUCAACCCUGUUGGAGAUUCUUCUAAUAGCAGUAGCCACUGGGACCUUGGAAGUGCCUUUUUCUUUGCAGGAACUGUCAUUACUACUAUAGGUUAUGGAAAUAUUGCCCCAAGCACAGAAGGCGGAAAAAUUUUCUGUAUUUUGUAUGCCAUCUUUGGGAUCCCGCUUUUUGGCUUUCUGCUAGCUGGCAUAGGUGACCAGCUUGGAACCAUCUUUGGGAAGGGCAUUGCACGAGUCGAAAAGGUCUUUCGAAAGAAACAAGUGAGUCAGACAAAGAUUCGUGUGAUCUCUACCAUUCUUUUCAUCCUGGCCGGAUGCGUUGUUUUUGUCACCAUUCCAGCCGUCAGUUUCAAAUAUAUUGAAGAAUGGUCAGCCCUGGACUCCUUUUAUUUUGUUGUCGUCACUCUGACCACGGUUGGUUUUGGGGAUUUUGUGGCAGGAGGAAAUGCGGAAAUCCCUUACCGGGAGUGGUACAAACCCUUGGUAUGGUUCUGGAUCCUUGUGGGCCUUGCAUAUUUUGCUGCUGUCCUCAGCAUGAUUGGAGACUGGCUGCGAGUUAUUUCAAAGAAGACUAAAGAGGAGGUUGGUGAAAUAAAAGCCCAUGCGGCAGAAUGGAAAGCCAAUGUGACAGCAGAGUUCAGGGAAACACGGCGGCGGCUGAGUGUGGAGAUCCACGACAAACUUCAGAGGGCAGCCACCAUUCGGAGCAUGGAGCGCAGGCGUUUAGGUCUGGACCAGAGAGCCCACUCCCUGGAUAUGCUGUCUCCAGAAAAACGUUGUGUCUUUGCUGCUUUGGGCAACAGCCAUUUCAAGGCUUCAUCUCAGGAAAGCAUCAACAACAAGCCUAACAAUCUGCGCCUUAAAGGAUCAGAGCAAUUGAGCAAACAUGGGCAGGGGGCGUCUGAGGACAACAUCAUCAACAAGUUUGGUUCUUCAUCAAAGCUGACCAAAAGGAAAAACAAAGACCUGAAAAAAAGUAUCCCGGAAGAUGUGCGGAAAAUCUAUGAGACCUUACGGCACUACUCCUUGGAUGAGGAGGAGAAGAAAGAGGAGGAGGACGAUGACUUGGAGAAGGUGUGUCACUCGGAACACUCCAGUACUGCCAUUCUUACCAAUUGUAUUGAACAACAUAUGGACCUGGAGAAUGGCGUGCUACCCACUGAAACCAAAGAAAGGGAACACGAAAAUAAAUCAUUACUUGAAGACAGGAAUUAA